UCAGCCGAACAGUAUUGUGGGAAGGACCGGUGACAGGAUAGAGAAAACGUGCUUUGCCGUCGAGCUGGAUUCAGUUUUAUUUGUCGAUGCUACACAGAUGGAAACUAAACCGGAGCCGCACAAACGUUACAUUUGCUCGUUUCCCAACUGUUCGGCGGCUUAUAACAAACAGUGGAAACUGGACGCUCAUCUGUGUAAACACACUGGAGUGAGGCCCUACGCGUGUGAGUACGAUGGCUGUGAUAAGUCAUUCUGUAGCCCUUAUCACCUGGCAAGACAUCAGCUCAGUCACAGCGGUGUGAAGCCUUUUCAGUGCACCGUGGAUGGCUGCACGGAGGCCUUCACCACCAACGCCAACCGGGCCAGGCACAUUAGCCGCAUUCACACUCAUGAACACAAGAAGUACGUUUGUAAGUUUGAGGGCUGUGGGCUGGAGUUCAGGAAGCACAAACAGCUGAAGUCCCAUGUGUGUGAGCAGCACUCCCAGCUGCCCCUUUACCAGUGCACUUAUGAAGGCUGCCAGAUGCGAUUCACCUACCCCAGCAAGGUGAAGCGACAUGAGAAGGUGCACAGAGGAUACCCCUGCAAGGAGGAGGGCUGCACCUUCUCAGGAAAGACCUGGACUGAGUACCUGAAGCACAGGAGGGAACAGCACCGGGUCGUCCUGAGGUGCGACAGGUGCAGCAGGGUGUUCAGGGACUCGUCAUCCCUGCAGCAGCAUCAGCAAGUCCACUCAGAGAUGCGAGUGGUCUUCAGGUGUCCCAGGGAGAGCUGUAACAGGUCAUUCACCACGACCUUCAACCUUCAGAGUCACAUCAACUCCUUCCACGAGGAGCUGCGGCCCUUCGCCUGUACCCACACCGGCUGCAGGAAGACCUUCAGCAUGAAACAGAGCCUCGAGCGUCACAGCAUCGUCCAUGACCCAGAGAGGAAGAAGCUGAACAUGACAAGACCGAAACGAUCGCUUGCUUCCAGGUUAAGCGGUUACAACGAAAGAAAGAGGGUGGCCUGCAAAAAGAGGAGGAACCCUGAGUCACAGAGGGUGUCCGCUGAGAGGACGACUGAUCCAGCUGGUCCUACUGAGCUGGUGUCCCUGCUGCAGGACUCAUCCUUCCUGUGCAGCCCUGCUGUGGACACACUCCACCUUUAACAGUGUAGAGGAAUACACACCAGCACUAUAAGGACAGCAUGUACUUGAUAAGAGCAUUUGUAAUGUACUGUUAUUUCUAACUUGGUUAGUGGAAGUCUUGAUAUGUAAAGGUUUGUCUGCUCCUGUUAAGUCACCUUCCAAGAGUCGGAACAUUUGGGCACUGGGGCUGUUUGGUUUGGUAGGCUGGAACCUCAAGGAUCAGACUACCAGCUGAGUUGAUUUCUCUUUACUUACUCUUUCUGAAGAAGUCGGCUUACCAACAGGAUGAGAAACAGAUCCUGGUGACUUUUUCAAAAUUAUUUCUGGAGCCAUUACUUUAUUUAUGUCGUUUGUAUUCAGAGAAAUCUGUUUUAUCAGCUUUUAUAAAAAGUGGAUUCUGUAAAAGAAGAACUUUAAAUUCUAUCUUUCUUUUGUAUCAUAAAAAUAUAACGGCACAAAGAUAUUAAAAUAAAACCUGUGGAUUCA